AUGUGCCUAGAGCUAACGUCAAGUGCCAUUGCCACACCUCUACCUUCACCACCACCUCCACCACAGCCACCAUCACCAUCACCACCAACACCAUCACCAGCCACACGAUCACUUCAACACCAUCACCACCAACACUUCACUGGCAACGCCAUGCAUGUCAUCGGAAGCGAGAGGCGUUCGAAGCACGCGAGAACCGCGGAGCUGAACGAGCUGCGCAAGCCGUCGUCGGACAACCCGGAGAUCCUGCGCUUCUUCCGCUACAUGAAGGCGGCCAAGGACGGGCAGGACGGGCUGGACUGCUUCGCGCUGCACCCGGGCUGCGUGGUGGGCGCGGGCGCGGCGGCGGCGACGGCGACGGCCGCGGGCAAGGCGGAGCCCUCCGAAUUGGGCGCGCCGCCCAUGCUCAAGACCUACCAGGACAUCAACAAGCUGGUGCAGGCUCGGCGCCUCGCGCGCACGCUGCGACUGGAG